AAGUUGGAUCUAUGUUUAGCAUUUGGGAAGAGAUAAUCGCAAAGGAACUUCAAGUUGACGAAGGACACCCAGAUGUGAUCGCUUAUAUUUGGCUGUUUACAAAAGCUUCAUGGAGGCAAUUGAUGCAAUAGAUAAUGGAAUUAACCAGUAUGAUACGGACCAACCUCCCAAGAUACGUGAAUAAUACACAUUUAUCUUCUAGAGUGGGAAGGUUAAACUUGGACUGGAUAGAACCAGAUCAAUCAGCUGAGAAGGAGAAUGAGGCCUUUCAAAGAGCAAUGGCCUUAGCUGGCAGUGAGUUUUUGGAUAGUCUUCGAUAUCAUGCAAGAUCUUGGUUACCGGCAAGAUCAAUCGUAAUGGAAUGUCUUGCAGCAAGAUAUGAUCUUGAUCCUAGUGGUGAAAUCAUGGUCUUGACAAAAUUUUGCCCUUGGAAGCUACAUUUAUUUGAGCUUGAGCAGGAGAUGAAACUUGAGCCUCCUAUCAAAUAUGUUCUUUACCAGGAUGACAGGAGCAGGCAGUGGCGAGUGCAGGCAGUGGCGGUAUCUCCAGACAGAUUUGAAAGCCGAAAGGCCCUCCCUGCUCAGUGGAAUGGUCUGAGGGACGAUGAUCUAUCAAAAGAGUCAGGCAUACCCGGGUGUGUUUUCGUUCAUAUGAGUGGCUUCGUUGGUGGAAAUCGGAAUUAUGAGGGUGCUUUGGCCAUGGCAAAAACUGCUCUGAAGCUCUAAUAUGGAUUUCAACUGUUGUUUAUUUUUUGACAGUUUAGAGUUAAUUCACAGACAUUUUUUGGCACUUUGGGCCGUCGGUACAAGUUUAUAGAGGAAAAGUAGAGGGUGUUGUACCAUUUUCAACUUAGAAUCUGCCGUUGUAAGUUUGGAAACAAUAUUUACACAGCAAGGGAUAUUUAUUACUUGUAGGAAGAGAGAGUUUUUUUCUAGCUAUGCAGUGUUAGAAAUUAACAUCCUCAAACCUGGAAAAUAAAAUGGGUCUCAUGUGUUUGCAGAA